AGCAGCAACAGAAGCAUCAGCAAUAGCAGCAGCAACAGCAACAGCAGUACCAGCAGCAAGCAACAGCAGUACCAGCAGCAAUAACAUCAGCAGCCGCAACUACAGCUCCACCAGCAGCAACAACAUCAGCAAUGGCAGCAGCAGCAGCAGCAACAGCAGCAGUACCAGCAGCAACAUCAGCAACAGGAAGUGCAGCGCCAUCAACAGCGACAACAGCAGCAGCAACAGCAGCAGCAGUAACAGCCAGAGCAGCACCAGCAAAAGCAGCAGCCACAGCAGCACCAACAACACCAGCAGCAGCAGUACCAACACCAGCAACAACAGCAACAGCACCAGCAGGAACACCACAGCAGUAUCAGUUGCAGCAACAGCAGCAGCAACAGCUUCAGCAGCACCAGCAGUAGCAGCACCUCCAGUAGCAGCAAUAGCAUCAGUAGCAGCAAUAGCUGCAGCAACAGCAGCAACAACAGCAGCAGCAGAAGCACCAACACCAGCAGCAACAGCAGCAGCAGCAGCAGCCAAAGCACCAGCAACAGCAGCAGCAGCAGCAGCAUCAGCCGUAUUAUUUGCAGCAACAGCAGCCGCACCAGUAUCAGCAGC